AUCCCACAUCAGGGCAAGGAAAAACUCAAUUCAUUGUGACAAUGAGAAACCUUGCAGAAGACCACAGACCGGUGCAAUGGACGUCGAGUGGAUCGAGCAUAAUAUUGUGAGAGCCCAGUCCAUAGUGGAUCUAACAUAAUAUUGUGAGAGUCCAGUCCAUAGUGGAUCUAACAUAAUAUUGUGAGAGUCCAGUCCAUAGUGGAUCUAACAUAAUAGUGACAGUCCGGUCCAUAGUGGGGCCAGCGGGAAACCAUCCAUGGAGAUUGAUUUUUGUAAAAGAAAAUUAUUUGUUCAGAGGGACCAUUAAAAGCUCCGGUUUCAUCCAUCCACAUAUGCGGUCCUCUCCAAGGUUUCUCAUAGUCAUCAUUGUCACCGACGUCCCACUGGGUGUGAGUUUUCCUUGCCCUUAUGUGGGCUGUACUGAGGAUGUCGUUGUGGUUUGUGCAGCCCUUUGAGACACUAGUGAUUUAAGACUAUAUAAAUAAUCAUUGAUUGAUUGAUUGACAGCGGCUUACACUUGCAUUGCAUCUCAUAAGCUUGACACUAUGUCCAAUGUUUUCACAAAGAUAAAAUAAGUCGUAUUUUUGGUUCGUUUAAUAGUUAAAACAAAUUUACAUUAUUGCAAUCAGUUGAUAAAACAUUGUCCUUUACAAUUAUAAAAGCUUUAAAAAAAAUCUACUAUGCAAGCAUGUCAGCAGACUGGGGUAGAUCCCGCUGAAAUCCUAUGUAAUGAAUGAAUACAGAAUCGUUUUGAAUCGGAAAAAUAUAUCUUUUUUGAAUCGAGAAUCGCGUUAAAUUGAAAAAAUCGAUAUAUAAUCGAAUCGCGACCCCAAAAAUCGAUACUGAAUCGAAUCGUGGGACACCCAAAUAUUCGCAGCCCUAGUGACUAUGAUGUAUGCUUUUACAUAACCACACAUUAUCUUCAGCAAAUCAUUUCAGCAAAGACAAUGUAUCCUAAACAGAGGCGGAACUGACGUCACAAAUACAUAGGCCAAGGGACUCCGUUAGAUGGCAGCACUAUGAUGCAAUCGACGUUAUCUCCCGCUAAGUAGAAACCGAAGAAGAUCAUAGUGGACGUUAGCAGCACCCAGAAGCCGAGAGAGGAGAGAGCUAACACUGCUGUAGUUGACUCAUUUCAUUGUUGAUUGUGUACUUAUUUCAACACAUACGUGACGUGUGAUAAACAAUUGGAAUCAAAGCUCGUUAGCGUUCUUAAAUUAGCUUUUUUUUUUAGUGUGCCUGUGUUGCUCGCCGCGGUUAGCCACGCGUCGCAAAGCAGUGGGAAGCAGAUAGCUUUUGUGAUUGUGUGCAAAAUGUGCAAAGUCCAAAAGCUGCGAGUGUUGAUGGAGCAGCGACUCAAUGCUGCCGUGGAAGAAAUAUGUGCACUGCUGGAAAGAACCAUGGCGGAGUACGAGGAGGAACUUUAUCGGACAAAAGAGAAAGAGCGGCAACGCCAAGUGCUGGAGCCUCUUCCCCAACCUUGUGUGGACAACGCAGGUCUCCAGCAGGUGUCAGUAAAGCACCAGGCGGUUCAGUCUGAGCAGCAGGAGGGCAGCUCCAAUGUGGGGCAGAGCAAGCCAGAGCCCCCCCACUUUAAAGUGGAAAAGGUGGACGUGUGGGCCGGUCAUGAUCAGGAGCAGCUACAAGGACCGGAGGAGGAGGCGUACAUCACCAACUUCCCAUUUAGUGGUAUCCCUGUGAAAUGUGAUGAAGACACAUUUCAGUCCCCGGAGCUUCAGAUCACUCAAAUUGAGGAGAACGGAGGGGUGGAGUUUCUAAAUCAAGACAUGACAACAGGAGAUGAUGGAGAGCACUACGGAGGAUUAGAGGCAGACCUUUUUGCUCCGCUUUCGGAUAUUGACGACAUGAUGUCACAUUCUUCUGACACCAUUCACCACGACCCCACAGAACCCUUGGAGAGUAACACACACUUUAUCUGCACUGAAUGUGGUAAAACGUUUGCCACAAUGAAAAAUUUGAGGCAACACGCAAGAACACACAUUCAACACAGCGACCGAGUGUUAAGCUGCCCUCAGUGUGAGAAAAUGUUUGCCACCAAGAAAAAUUUGAAUCGCCAUUUGAUAACACACACUGGAGCGAGGCCGUUUGCUUGCUCAGUUUGUGGUAACAAAUUCUCCAGAAGUCACCACUUGAAACGACACAUGAAGGUACACACCGGGGAGAAGCUCUUCCCCUGUUCGGUUUGCACUAAAAGAUUCUUGAAUAAGUGCGACAUGGUGGCACACAUGAAGACACACAAACAGGAGCAGCCUUUACCCUGCCUGAUUUGUGCCAAGGGAUUCUCCAAAAAAUGUCAUUUGGAGAGACACAUCAGAACACACACCGGCGAGAAACCGUUUUGUUGCACUGUGUGUGAUAAAAGGUUCUCCCGCAGAGAACAUAUUAAGUUACACAAGUGCACCGGUGAUUCAAUAGCAACUACUUGAAGAUGCAGGACUGGAAACGAAGACUUUCAGCUCAUAGUUUCAGUUAAGAACAACAUGAAUGGUAGACUUUUAUUUGUUUUAGCAAUAAAGUUAAAGUACCACUGAUAGUCAAACACACACUAGGUGUGGUGAAAUUACCCUCUGCAUUUGACCCAUCCCCUUGUUUCACCCUCUCGUAGGUAAGGUGAGCAGUGAGCAGUAGCGGUGGCCGAGCUCUGGAAUCAUUAACAUCCAACAUAAGCAUUCAACUUUUUGUAGUCCGAUGAAUACAGCCUCUUUAUAGACAUAAUGUUGUAUAGUCCAAUGAGGGUAGUAAUUGGAUAUUCUAAGAAUUAUAAUAUGUUCAUUCUUAUAGCCAGACCUGUGUGUUGAUUUUCAUAACUUUGCUACAGUCAGGUACAAACAUAGACUCAUACAUAAACGCCGAUCCCCACGUGGAAUAGGUGGAAACUUUCAAUCUUUAAAAUAAUUUUUGAAAAAUCAAUAUUGUUAUAGUUACUUCUGGGGCGAGUUUGGUCCGUUUUACAAAAUAAUAUAGCCACGAAUCAUAUGGGGUAUUAACUUUGCUGAAUGUCUAUUUUUAUAUUAUAUAUUUUUUGGCAGAAAUGUAGAUUGGUGCCUAUGGACUUACAGGUCUGGAUAUAAGAAUAAAAAUGACAAUGUAUAUUCAUAAUUUUUGUAAUAGAAUACAUUUUCUCAAACUGAACAAAAUGUGUACCAACCACAUGAGUAAUAGUUGUUUGUAUAUCAGCUUACCAAUAAAGUAUUAUUGACACUGUAAUAAAACUUUGAAUCAGUCAAGA